AUGUUCUGCGCGAAGCUGAAAGAUCUGAAGAUAUCUGGAGAGUGUCCAUUCUCCAGCAGCGCCAGAAAUACUGAGCAAGGAGACUUUGAGGAGCGCUCAACUGACGCCGCGGAUUUAUUGCCUAUUUCUAAGGACGUGCACGUAAAAAUAGGUGAGAAUCUACCUCAACAGAAGACAAGCAGAGCCAAAGUUAACCUGCAUACACUUGGGGAGAGCAUCCGAAAAUUGGUAUGUCCCGAGUUUCGAAGGCUGCACACUGCCCUCCAACGAACGAUGAGACUAUCAGAUCAAACCAGGGAUUCUGAAAGUCCAAUAACAUGUUGUACGGACUAUCACAGUUGCACUGAGCCGGAACAUUUAGUGGAAAUGAUGAACAUUUACUCAACCAAAACAGCAAUCCAGAUGGAAGCUUUGAAAGUCGCUCUUGGCGAGGAGCUCUUCAACAUGUGUUAUGAGGAGGCCGGACACAUUUUGAGGGUGGUGGGGGGAGCUCUCCACGACUUCCUCAACAGUUUCAAUGUCUUGUUGAGACAGAGCAGCACGCCGCCCAACCCGGACAGAGAGGAUUGUGUAAACGAACCUUCGGUGCUGUGCUUAGACAAGGAUGCAGGUCUGCUUACUGUCUAUUUCUUCAACCCCCGCCCGACCACUGAGCUCUUCUUCCCUGGAGUCAUCAAAGCUGCUGCCCGCCUGCUGUAUCACACCACUGUGGAUGUGUUGAUGGACCCCGCCGGAGCUAGAGACAGCAUCUUGAAGUCCAGCCCACAGCCCAGUCUUCUGUACACAGUUGUAGUUAAGGAUGCUAAAAAUCUGAGCCCCAGCCCACUGCGGGCUACCUCAGCUGGGACCCUUCCUACCUCUCUGUUCUCCACCAUCUUCCCCUUCCAUCUGAUCCUGGACCAGGAUUUGGUUCUGAUACAAAUAGGACACGGGCUCCGGAAGAGACUUCUCAGGAAGGAUGGACUGAGGCGGUCCUCUACCUUCCAAGAACACUUCUCUAUUGUCUCUCCCCAGAUCAAAUGUACCUUUCAAGGUAUUCUGACCAUGCUAAACACACAGUUUAUCAUUCGGAUCAAGCAUGGAGUGUCCAUCGCAGAUAACACAGGGAAGCUCAUGGACCUCAAAGGUCAGAUGAUCUAUGUUUCAGAGUCCAACGCCAUCUUGUUCUUGGGCUCACCAUGUGUGGACAAGCUGGAGGAGCUAACAGGCCGCGGCCUCUACCUGUCAGACAUCCCUAUACAUAACGCACUGCGUGACGUCGUGCUGGUGGGGGAACAGGCCAAAGCCCAGGACGGUUUGAAGAAGCGUCUGGGGAAGGCCAAGGCAGCCUUGGAGCACGCUCACCAGGCACUGGAAGAGGAGAAGAAGAAGACAGUGGACCUCCUCUUCUCCAUCUUCCCCGGCACUGUGGCGCAGCAGCUGUGGCAGGGCCAAACGGUGCAGGCCAAGAAGUUUGACCGAGUCACAAUGCUCUUCUCUGACAUCGUCGGCUUCACGGCUGUUUGCUCACGCUGUACCCCGAUGCAAGUGAUAACCAUGCUUAGCGAGUUGUACACCAGGUUUGACCACGAGUGUGGAGAGCUUGAUGUUUAUAAGGUGGAGACCAUUGGUGAUGCAUACUGUGUAGCUGGUGGCCUACACAAGGAGAGCGAGACUCACGCUGUCCAAAUUGCACUCAUGGCCUUGAUGAUGAUGGAGCUUUCAGACGAAGUUAUGACGCCGACUGGAGAACCAAUACAGAUGCGUAUUGGCCUCCACACUGGUUCUGUACUGGCUGGUGUAGUUGGGGUGAGGAUGCCUCGCUACUGCCUUUUUGGGAACAAUGUCACACUGGCCAACAAGUUUGAAUCCGGCAGCCUGCCUAAUAAAAUUAACAUCAGCCCUACAACCCACAGAUUGCUAAAGGAUCGGCCAGAGUUUGUCUUUGUACCCAGGAGCAGACAGGAGCUUCCGGCCGACUUUCCAGAAGACAUCCCUGGUGUUUGUUACUUUUUGGAGGAGUCCUUCAAAACUGACUCUGAAAGGAAGUCAAGCUGCUGCAGAGCCCAAAAAAGUUAGAUAUGAAACAUAUCCA